AUGUCCUACUUUGGCUACCGCUGCCCACACCUUCACCCCCAAGAGAGCUUCCCCGUCAUAGUGGCACUCCAAAUUACAAAGUGGGAAGACCUAGCCUUCUUCGAUGAGGAAGUCGACGAUGAAACCGGCCAAUUCCAACACACAAGCUUUGCAGCGUUCGAUGCAGAUGACAAGGCCUACUUUGGCAAGUUGAAUCAAACCAAAAGCGACAUCAUCUUUCCGCAACUUUUAACUGCUCUCGCUCCCGUCUCCGACAAUGAUCUCUUUCCAGAAUGGGCGCCUUAUCAUGUGGAACUCACCAAGGCGCCGGAUACACUCCCACCCAACACCUACGUUAAACACCCAAAUCUUUCCACGUACGAAAUCUUCCAAGAGCACAACGUCCUCGACCUUAUUUCCAAAGGUCUGCUCGAGGAGGCCAAAGUGAUGGAGAUUAUCUCCCGACACCCUCACCCCAACAUCAUCCACUACCAUGGCUGCAGAGUCCGUCGUGGCCGCAUCACCGGCCUCGUCCUUGACCGCCACUCUAACACGUUAAACGACCAUCUUAAAAACAAGGUUGGGUCGGUGGACAAGGAACCGUUCAUGCAGGCCCUUAUAUCGGCUAUCGACCACCUCCACUCUCUUGGCUGGGCCCACAACGAUCUUAACCCAGGUAAUAUCCUGGUGGACAAGGAAGGCAUGCCAGUCCUAAUCGACUUCGGGUCCGCCCGCGAGAUGGGUGCUAAACUGGGAACCAGCCGGGGGACCAAGGGAUGGAUCGAGGGGGAGAUGAAGGAUUAUCAUACGUCAGACAAGCGCCAUGAUUUGUUUGCUAUAGACAAGAUUCGCGUGUGGUUGGAUGACCCCAUAUUUAAGGAUUGA